AUGCUGCAUGCAACUGUGGCGCCGUCGUUACCCGCGUCUGCAGUCACACACUCCGUAUCGGGACGAUUCUCUGAAGGUUUACCGGACAAUGUUAGGGAAUUGUUUAUUUUCAAGAAGAAUCACGUAGAAUUGUGGCGUGUACCACAGGAUCUGCCAUCUGGUGAGAAGCGACUCUUAUAUGUCACAGGGAUACAAUUGAAUGCCCCGCCUGCAUGUGUUGCAGUAUGCAGGCCGACUGGAUUUAGUGUGGAUGUUCUUGUGAUGUGCUUUGACGAUUUUCAUGUAUCAUUUGUCCAGUACGACCUGCUGUCGAUGCGUCUCCGUACAGUGUUGCUUGUACAGUUGGAUGACCGUGAGGUUUCACGCGACAUGACACCUCUGGAACCUAUCAUGCGAGCAGAUCCCACUGGAAGGUUUGUGAUUGUGUUGGCUCGGCGACGGCACUUAUUCCUUCUUCCGCUGUUGGGGCCAAUGACAUCCGAGGGCGCCUUGAAAUCCGAGGCACAGCAGCCCGACAAUGCUGAGGAACCAAAUAUCCCGGGUGCCACCCCUUCCGCAUUGGGCGUUGCAGAUGACUGGGGUGACGAGGGGGAUUACGAUGAGGAAACUAAAGAAAAUAAGGUGGCAGAGUCGAGUGACGCCGCAUGUGGAGGCGCGUCACCUGAGGAAAACAGCUCAAAGGUUGUCGGAUCAUCAAGUGUGCUUCUACGCAUUGGCGCUAUUUCCAUGUUCACCCUUUCAAAGGUUCUGAAGAGUUCGAUUCGCUAUGUACGCGACGUGCAGUUUAUCGGUACCCUCGGUGAACCUCUGUUAGCCAUAUUGUGUGAGCGGAAGCCAACAUGGGCCGGGCGGGUGAAACUCGUGGAGUGGCGUACAAAAGCGGUUGAGUCGAAUAUGCUUUCUCAGCAAGUUACUUGGGUGCAGAUCUCCGGUACGGCGAGUGCCCUCCCGAAGCUAUUACUCGUUGGGGAGGUUGAUGGUGUCCCUUACAACGUAACUCACAUGUUACCGGUGGGCUCUAUCUCACAGGCCAUGUCGGGUGUAAUUUGCUUCGGCGUUAACACGAUUAUGCACAUCACAACGAGGCGAGGUUAUGGUGCCUACUGGAACGAAACAGGGAAGGAAGAGUGCACCAGUUCCAAGUCGUCUGCUGUCUCUUAUGGUAAGAUAAACUGGUGUGACAAAAAACUGGAGUCUUCAACCGCAUUAUUCCGAGUGAACCUUUCGUUGGCUAAUUGUGUGGCGGCCACAUUAGAGGGUAAGGAUGAUGAAGGGUCGUUACAAGCUGUUGCUGUGUCAGAGGACGAUGGUGUCGUUCUGAUGCUUCAGUUCCUCUCUCAGGGAUCCAACAUUCACGACAUACGCAUUGCCGUAUUGACAUCCGGGUGCUACUGCUCGAGCAUAACUCCAAUAAGUGAACGUCUAAUGUUUCUGGGUUCCGCGGUAAGUGACUCUUGUAUAGCAACCGUUCGCCCACAAGGCAGCAGCAUGGAAAGUCGUUUCCAAGUUGUGGAGAGUAUGGAGGCGAUAGGUUCAAUUAGGGAUGUUGAUGUUGUCGACUGCAGCGCCUUACCUGACGGGGGAUCCAACACAACACCUCGCUCCGAAGCGGGUGGCUCGUGGCUUGAGGAGACGCCGUUUGCUGAGCUUGCUGGAAUGACUUCGCUGGAUCCUAUGCCAAAUCUGUCUUCCAUGGAUUGUCGUGCAGUGAUGGAUUUAGCAGUGUGUGCAGGACAGGGCAGUUCUGGUUGCAUAUAUGUGCUGCGUCAGUCGAUACGAAAUGCGGUUGUUCGCCGUGAGAAAGUCAACGCUGUGUCAGCUUUCUUUUUGGAGCUACCGCGUAACCCCAAACGGCUGCGAACAGAGGGGGAUGAUAGGGAAGGGGCAGCUCAGAACGUCGCGGGACCGCCCUCACGACUUUUACUGACCGGCCUUUCUUUUACCAUUCCGUUCACUGUUCGGGGGGAGUCGGUACAGCAAGAACGGCAUUCGGAGUUCAUUGCUAAUUGUCGUACUGUUUUUGCGGCGGGGGUUCCGUGGUUGGGUGCCUUGCUUCAGCUGACGGAAAAGGAGGGUCGAAUUAUAUCGUCUAAUGGACGAAAAUUACUCCACCGCUUCUCCUUUUCCGGUGAGCGGGAUUUGGAUGAGAACAGGCAGGUUAAAUCUGCAUGUCUUGCCCCUGAGUUGCAAGCUUUAUUUGUUCUCCUAGACGGUGGAGUGUUGUUGCAGUUCACGCUUUCAGAGAUGGGAGGAGCGCCGCAGAGGAAGGAAUUCGCUGCAGGUGUCGUGGCUUUUACACUCUGGAGGGAGCCCAAGUCCAUCAUUAUGUUUAUGUCAAGUCUCACAAUGAUGAUUCAAGAUGCGGAAACAGGAAGUAUACAAUGGAUAAUCCCUCAGAUGGGUACGUUGCCUCCGUACACUGUUUCGGAGGAACCAGUUGCUGAGGCAACAAAGGAACCAUCUGCCAGUGACGAUCUUCCCCACGUGACACACGUGGAGGUGUUGAACUUACUAGAAGAAUCCGCUACCGAUCCUGGUGGGAUCGUGGCAACCGCCCUUCUUGUUGUACUUGGUACGGGUGAGUUGGCUGUAUAUCACGUUGUGGGGCCUGAUAAGUUUGGUCCACUCCGCCUAAUCAAGAAGUUUCACCACUUUCUUGAUACGAAAGCCGUCCGUGAAGUUAUCGAAUCUAUUGAGGCGAAAAAGAUGCGCCUGCAAAGUGAGCGUACCAUGAUAGAGAACGACACGCAGUCGGUGCGACACUGCAGCCGGCGCAUUAUACCAUUUGCAGCUGUGGCGGGCCAAUCUGGAGCAUAUGUCUGCGGACAACAUCCAUUGUUUCUCAUGUGGGACAACCGUACCCGUCAACUCGUAGCGUAUCGUCACCAGGCCCCUGGACUCGUACGCGGCUUCGUUCCAUUUACAUCUAUGCCUGGGGGUUUCAUUUACUGUUGUGAGGGAUUUGUUGAUUUCGCCGUUAUGAAUACCUAUUGCAGUCCAGGUGGAAAUGGGUGGCUGAGGCGACGUAUCCACAUUGGCGCAACACCGCAUUUCAUUGUGUACGACCCCCCAGGGAGAAGCUGUUUCGUCGUAACUUCAAAAAAAGUACCAUUUCGUCCUCAGCGUGCAUCUUUUGACGUACAACUGAAGAUUCAGUACGAUGAAGAUUCGAACACUGUUCAGAGUGUAACAACGGAGGCACCCGUUUGCAACAUGCCGGCCAUUAAGCCAGGCACUGGUGUGCGGGUACCUUUGACAGAAAGGUUUGAAGUACGCCUCCACUCGACAUUUAAGAAGGGAUGGGACUGUACAGAUAAGUUAAUGCUUGACGAAAAUGAGAAGGUGCUGGGCGCACAAAUGGUUGAGAUACACCAAGACGCAAACGCAGACGGGUCAGCUACGGCACCCGUAUGUGUCGUAUGCACUGCAUUUCCCUUGGGGGAGGAUGUUACGUGCAGAGGCCGCAUCAUUUUGUUGGCGUCCAGGAACAUUAAGGGAAGGCGCUCUAUUGUACAACUUCACUCCGAACCACUGAAUGGUCCGGCAACUGCGGUAGCGGGAAUCUGUUCCCAAAUUGCAGUCGCAGUGGGUGGAACGAUCAAAAUAUUUCGCUACGAUUGGGAAACAAAGAAAUUGGUGGUGAGUGCCUUCCUGUACGCGGGAAUGUACGCAACGAGGUUAUCUGUCUUUCGAAACUAUAUUAUUUAUGGUGAUCUUUGCCGUUCUUGCUCGAUGGCACGCUUUAACGAGGAGAACCACACUUUAACUGUGUUGGGUAGGGACCGUAGUGCGGUGUCCGUUGUCCACUGUGACAUGAUGUACCACGACCGUGCGUUCGGUAUUCUUUGUUCCGACGAUGAACGUAACGUGCUAAUAAUGGGAUACACUCCACGCGUGCAGGAAACGGAUGCAGGCACGCACCCCAAAGUCCUCGAGUCGGUUCUCUCACUUGAUGGUGAGUACCGGCUACCCAGCGGUAGUCUUGUGAAAUCCCUUCGCUUCCGCUCAACUGCGGGAAAUUCCAGCGUGACUCUGUACGUAAGUAACUACGGUGAAAUUGGCUUUAUCGUGCCCAUCGGCGAACAGGCUAACCGCACUGCGUUGUGGGUUACACGUCGUUUACAGAUAGACCUUCCUUGUGAGGCGGGACUGACACCACGCAUGUUUCUCAGCCUUAAUCAAAGGUCCCCGCGGAACUCACUACGCGGGAAGGAAAUGCUUGUACCGGCUCCGCUGCUUCGGGGACUUUUUUCUCUCGACCUUCGUUCCCGGAAGGCUAUUGCGAGGGCCGCAUACACGCAAUUGGACCGCGUAGCAAAUAUUGUUGCGCUUGUGCAUGAAGAAUGUGGUUUGUUUUGA